AUUAAAAUGAAGCCACAGCAUUUGGUCAGCUUCUUGUUGCUGACUGCCUUGGCUGAAGCUGGCGCUGAGGACCGCACUUCUACAGGAGUUAUGUGGCAGGCAGCCAACGCCCGCGACGGAGUGAGAACCACGGCCACGGAGGAGAUCUCACCGGGGAGCGAAUUGCUGUGCGCCGUGGAGGCCAGCAAGCGGUCUUGGUGCACCUUCUACUGCUACAUCGAUGAUGUCUGUAGAUUGUACGAUAUCGUCUUUCCACCGUCGAUAUUUCCUUCCACUGUCAACUGCAAAACGAACUUUCCUUCCCGAAGUGUCUGCAGCUCCCCCUUUGCUGUCAUUCCGAUGCUGGAGGAUUUGGGCUGUAUCUACAUGUCCUUAACCAAGAGGAGGUGGAACGAAUCCCGGGAAGACUGCUACACUUACGGCGCCGAUUUGUUCGUUGCUUCGACCCCCGAGCAGUUUUUCUCUCUCAAGAAUCACUUUUACGCUAAUAAUCUUCGCAACUACAAGUGGGUGGGAGUCAUCGCUCGAGCCUGGGUGGACGGUCGUGCGGCGGUCGACGUGUGGAACAGCGGAGAGCCCAACGGACCCAUUGAUGCAACCAUGUGCGGCAUCAUGCAACCUGGAAACACGAUGGAUGAUACAUAUUGUUCCAGUGCUGUAGAGUAUGUCUGCCAGGCCAACCGAACCACCACAUAGAGAGGA